AUGGGUCCAGAAGAAGUGAGAGGUCUGGAGCGGGGAGUCUUGACCGUGCAGUGUCGCUAUGACCCAGGAUGGGUGACCUACAGAAAGUGGUGGUGUCGAGGAGCUGAAUAUGGAAGCUGCAAGAUCCUUGUUAAAACCAAUGGAUCAGCAUUUGGGGUGAAGGAGCGUGUGUCCAUCAGGGACUAUAAGACAAACCACACGUUCACUGUGACCAUGAAGGAGCUCAGGCGAGAAGAUACAGACACUUACUGGUGUGGGAUUGAGAGAACUGGAACUGACCAUGCGGUCCCUGUUAAAGUGACCAUUGAACCAGCAACAACUACAGUGUUGACCCCCACCCCCGCCAUCGCCUCCACUGCCAACGCGUUCACAGUACCAGACACCCCAGAAAACUCUACAGGCUUCCUGAAUGUGACCAGCCAGCACUCCGAUGGCAGACAACAGCCAUUUUGGAGGGCACCCAGGAGUGGGGUUCCCAGGCUGGAAACUGCAAGCCAAAAGGUGUGUGGCUGUCUGCUACCGGGUGGAUGGGAUAAGGCCCAGAGGCAGGAGGUGAGCCAGGGCUCACCGGUGUCUUCUGUUGUUUCCAGUGGUGUCUCCCCGAAUCUCUUCAUCCUCCUGCCCCUCCUCUUUACUCUGUUGCUGCUUCUCUUGGUGGCAGCCUCACUGUUGGUGUGGAGAAUGGUGAGGCGACAGAGGAAAGCUGCUGGGAUAUCCCCAGAGCAGGUGCUCCAGCCCCCGGAGGACAACAUCUGCUAUGCCAACCUGAACCUGAAGCAGACAGGAGCCUCGCCCAGCUCCCCCAGGAAGAGGGGCCCCACACAGCCCUCCUCCUCUGCCCAGGACGACCAGGGGGAAGUGGAGUACAUCACCAUGGCCCCCUUUCUGGACACGGACAUUUGCUAUGCAGCUCUGUCUCUGGACACCUCAGAUCAGGACUCAAUCUACAUCAACACACAGGACCUCACCACUCCCCUUCCCAGCAGGAGCCAGGAGGAGCUCAUCCAAUACAGCGCCAUCAGGAAGCCUUAGCUGUGCUAAGGAUCCUCUGCCCGACCCCACAUGAGGCCUGUCAGCAUGUUCCUGCCUUGUCUGCUUUCUGCUCCAAGUCCUCUCAUCACCCCCAGCCCGGAACUGGGCUCCGAGCCUGGUCUCAGGG